CAUGGACGCUGCCGGUCGCUCCAAUGAUUCGAAUCCGAUCAAAAUCGAAUUGAAUAAUAAUUUUAGUGGUGAGGAAAUGGUUAUGAAUAAGAGGAAAAUUGAAAAGCAACUUUCCUUGCAAGAUUUAUUUGGUGGUAGUACCAAGAAGAAAAUCCCGGCAUUUCGUCGAGGAAGAUCGAACUCAGAUGGUGCCGCUGCGUCCCUAAACUGCGAAGCUUUCCCAAGUCUGUCAAACGCUGUUUUAGAAAAGCUCGGCUUGCACGGUGAUAAGGCUCGCGAACGUCUCAGCGAAGAAUCGCUCGAGAAAAAGUUUACCAGUUUAGCUUUGGCUUUUUCAAUUGAUUCUACCACAAUCAAGAGCCGGUGCCUUAGGCAAAAAAGGAGUCGAGAUCAAACUGAGACGAAUUUCAAUUUGGAGAUUGAAAGGUUGAAGGAUAAGUUGGCUUUGUUGAAGCCGUUGUGUGUUGAUGUUGAAACUGCUGAUCUUUUAUCGACAUUAUUUGCACAGGUUGAUACACUGACAAAUGCCGCAUCGCUAGUUUCAAUAGCUGCAGAAAGAUUCGGAGCAGUCCAGCACGAAGAAAGACUAACCGAAUCAGUGCAAUUGAUGGUAGGGCACGUGCAAGCCUUGAAGCAACAACGCGAUUCUUCUAGAAGGCAAUUGCAAUAUACCAAAAGAGUUUUGCAAGAGCCUGACGCAAAUGCCAAAGACAAAAAACUAAUGGGUAAACGUAGGGCUAGCGCCGACGCAGUCAAUUUGAGUCAGCAACCUGAGAAUUUUAAGCUCAACAGGAGAACAUCGGAUUUGUCUUUUAGAGCUACUCUAGCCAAAAGCAGGCCUACUAGAUUAGACUUAGGCAUGGAGUUGAAUAAAAUAAAAGAAAAUACUCUGGAUGAUGUGGAAAAGUUGGAUGAGACUCCUUUGAAGGAGGACUUUGAGCCGGACUUGGAUUUUCUAGCUCAAACUCAAUGUGAUAUUUUUAGUCAAAUAAGGAUUGAAUUCACAGCCUUAAUGCAAUAUUUCCAAAACUUAUUGACAGAAUUAUUUGAAAAAUGGUCUCAAAACGGCUAUUUGCACGUUUUUCUCAAUUGCUGUGCCAUAUUGUGUUUUUCCAUUAGCGUCCUUACAUUGCUGAGCAUUUUUCUGGACCGAGAACCUCCCAGCUAUUGGUUGUUUAACUGGAAAAAUUAAUAAAAAACCUUGAUUUUACUCAAAAAGAAAAUUAUUUAUUUAUUCAUCCUACAAUAAUAAAUUAAUUAAGCAAAUAAAUAUUGACGAUUAAAUACAAAAAAUUAGUUUAAAAAGAAGUAGAUUUCUGGAUAAUAUAUUAAAUUAAAAAAAAAGUCUAGAGGUUCCAGAACUACCUACUAUAUUAUGCUACUUAUCCUAAAGGCAGGUUCACAUUUGGUUGUGAAUCUACCUGAAAACUUAACAAUAGGCAAUUUUUGUGAAUAUAUAUGAUGUGUCAAUCUUAACUCCCUCUCCGUCAAAUUCUGGGUCUGCGAGUGACGUCACUAUUAGCACACAUUAUUUUGUCUCUACAAGGGUUACUGAACACUUUUGUGAUCUUAAGAGGUGUCUGUUCUCACAGAAGAAAUUAAGGGUUCUUCAUCUUCAAGUAUCCCAGAAUUUGAUGGUGAGAGAGUAUGACACAAUUGACACAACACCUAAUCCAGCUUGCUAGAUUAUCCUCACGAAAAAUUGCCUAAUUAAUACAUAUGAACACAUGAGAGAUGAAAUCCAAAUUAUUGCUGCACCCUACAAAACUACUUAAGUCUAGUACGGAUUUAAACGAAAGGCCGCCUUUAUAAAUUGGGUCCCAAAAAUUACUCAAAAAACCUUAGAAACCUUCAACAAAACUAGCGGGAAACAGGCCUGUCUUGCCAGUACGCUGUUGGGUACCCUUGUACCAACCAUCUUCUCGUUUUUUGUGCACGUAAAUAAUAUCGUUGAUUUGCAGCUCCAAUUCAUAUUCACUAUUGGGCGGAUAUGGUGUAGUGCACCUGAACCUUUCAUGCACAUUUUGAGUGGUACUUUUCGGGUGUUUAGUAGCAUCUAGCGAUUGGGAUUUGUGGUGCCGGUGCACGUCCGGGCUCGAAUUCGAACUGGCAAUUUCAGUUGACCUAUACACAAUAAUUUCUUAUUAUAAAGUAAAAUAAUGAGUAAAAUCUACAAGCAGAAACAUGCAUCAGCGCCACCUAGAAAGACGAAACACACCUGGAACUGUGAGUUAAAAUCGACGGUCGUUCUUUGUGUUUUACUCGGUGAGAGGCCGAACCAAAAAGACGGUGUUCUAUUGGUUGGAGCUGUAACAGCUGACUUGGACAGGAACCUGACCUGUAUGGGGAUUAAUAACAAAAAUGGACACAUAGUUUUGUCUCUACAAGGGUUACUGAACAAAUAGAGGUGUUUAAUAUAAAUUAAAUUCAAAAUUCAAUGACAUACUAACACAGUGUUAACCCAGUAUUAAUUCAAAUUCCUAGCUGUGUUCACUUGGCCAAACAUAAAACCGGUACAGGUAAUAUCUAUUUUCCAAAUUUGUCUAGUGUGAAUCAGGCUCAACAACAAACAAAAUGUGUAGUGCAUACUGUUGCGAUCCCCUUCGAUACCCGCUAUAUAUUUGGCGCCCAACGUGGGGCCUGGGGUUCUCUUCUGAAAAACGUGUGAGACAGUUUUUAUCAAUAUCAAAGCUGAACAAAAGUAAAACUUCAUUGGUAAAUGCAACAUGUUUUUAUGUUAUGUUUGGUCCAAAGAUGACACUAACAUGGCUCUUUUUGUCAUUUUUAAGGUCGAUUUACACCAUACAACACAAUAGGAAAAUGCGUAUCAGUUUUAUUAUUGGCUAAGUGUACUGUGUGAAUCUGCACCGAUAUAAAUAGAGGACUAUACUACUCUGUCCAAUCAACCAACGGAGUGGAACAUUAUAAAUCAGUAUUCCAGUGUAAACCUGGCUGCCAUUUUCACUUUGUCAUACUCCAUAGGGUCGUUGGACAAAGGAAAGUUUUCCUACAAGAGCCGGGAAUAACAAAAUAAUGAUCAUCCUGUAUCUUUAUACAGUGGUUUAUUUUGGUUGUCAAAUUACAGUGGGUAAAAUUGUUGUCUAUUAUCGGCUCUCGUGAAAGAUUUUCUACCUUAAAAGCCAGAGAUAAUGGAAUAUUGAUCACCCCGUAUUUUUACACAGUAGUCGUUUACUAGCUUUCGUGGAAAAUUUCCUACAAGAGCCGGAAAUAAUAAAAUAUUGAUCACUCUGUAUCUUUAUACAAUGGCUUAUUUUGGUUGAGUCAAAUUACAGUGGGUAAAAUUGUUGUCUAUUACCGGCUCUCGUGAAAGAUUUUCUACCUUAAGAACCAGAAAUAAUGAAAUAUUGAUCACAAGGGCCAGAAAUAAUAAAAUAUUGAUAAUCCCGUAUGUUUAUACCACAGCUUUUUAUACAGUGGUAGAAUGAGUAGUACACGCCAAAAUUUAGAUUGGUCUUGGGCGCCUAGGGUUCUAGUCGCAACCUUGCUUAAAACUUUUUUUGAAGAUAACAAAAACAAAGUCACAGUCUCAUAAAUGUUCAUAAUUAUGAGACUGUGACUUGGUUUUUGUUAUCUUCAAAAAUCUUGCCUAUGUGGUCUCUUGGAUAAAAAUGGAUAAUGUCUUUUUCCCUGCUUAAAACGACUAUUGGCAACGUCGGUAGAAAAAAGUCAAUGUGUGGACGAACAUACCUAUGAAUACAAAUAUCCCAAAGCCCCACCAUGCCCUCUCCUGUGUUAAGAUGUCAUUGAUUACACAAUAAUUAUAGUACGUCGAUUUUAAUCUGAUAUUCCAGAGGAAUGUCAGCUUGUGGCUCUUUGUAUAAAAACGUACAUAGUCGCCUAACAUCACACCUGUUUUUGCCAUAUGCUGCACCCCCUCGCACUUCAUACGGAAAGUGUCAGAUUGAAAAUGACAGACUGACAGACAAUAUAAAGAUAUUUUAUCUCAUGUUCCAACUUCUUCAAAUAUAUUACCUGACAUGUACAGGAUGCGCAGGCGCUGCAACAGUAGCAUCUUCAAAAACCGGAUUGUCCAUCGAAUAUGAAGACCCUGGAGGACUUUUGGGCCGUUUCAUGCUGGUCAACCGCUUCAUAAGGCCUCCCUUCUCUUUCCUCUCCUUUGACUAAACAAAUAAAUAUUGCAAACAAAAAAAAACAUAAACAAAUUAAAUAUUGUGGUAAAACACACAAAAUCCCUAUGUUGUUAUUAUAUACACUCCUUUUUAAUGUUAAAUAUAAGCGUACGCCUCUGUAAAAGCUCACAAUAAUAUAAAGAUGCUGACUAAGCGGUACUGCACUGGAAAAGUACAAGGUUUCGCCUAAGCAAUUCAACAGUCAACAAUUUUCGCCGCAGCAAUUAGAGUUGUAACUUCUUAGUUUCCAAUAAAAUAAAUAAUUUUUAAAAACAACGAAAAAUAUAAUUCACACACAAACCUUGUCACACUUGUUAGUAAUUGGCGGAGGCGUGCAGGCUCUGGGAGGCAACUCGGGGGGCGCAGCGUCCAAAGAAGGACGUGUGCGCGCACCCUUACUUACAGAGUCCGAAGCCGGUUGGCCGCGAGCUGGAGUGACGUAAUUGCCUGGAAACACGCCACAUUUUUGCGUACGGUUAGAAGUGCCUUUAUACCAACCAUCUUGA